UCUCUUCUGUUCUCUGACAAUUCCAUUGAUUUCGUUUUGAUCACGCGUUCAUGUAUAUGAUUUUCAUACCGUCGUCAAUUGUCAAGUAGGAUAGGGUAGGAGUGAACACUUUAAAUAUGGCGCAUUGGUAUAGUGAGUAGAACAUUGAGUUAGAGCUACUUCGAAUUUUGAUUUUUGAUAACUUACUCAUCUACAAUUUAAGUGUAAUCAUUUUAUGAGAAGCUGGUCAACUUCUAAGAUACUAUAACUUCUAGGUAGGAACUUUUGGUCGUGGAAGAUGGUUUCUCCAGAGGUUCUGACAGAUGGUUCCCUGAACCACAACCACGCAGAUAACGCCACCAGAGCUGAAACUACAGACACCAAUACUCAAGUAGAUAACUCCAACACCAAUAUUAGAAUAGCAGAUGGUGUGAAGCAGCCAUCUUAUCUAAACCUCGCAUGCUGUAUCAGUGGCUAUACCACUCUGACAACCUAUAACAGCAAACAACGUGAGGGUUUCCGCUCCCGAGACAUCAGCCCCGCCAGAAUCACUGGAGUUGGCGUUAGUCCCCACGGAACGGACGAUGCAAGUAAUCCUCCAGUUUUCACUUCAAUUUGCGGAAACUUCCUCUCUCCACAAUCCCGAUAUCUGACAGAAGUGGAUCACCGCAGAAAAAGCGGUGACAAGAUGUGGAACGGCAACGGUACUGCCGACAAAGUUUCAACAUCCACAUUCACCAGCUCCACCACUUCAAGUGGCAACAGUUCCUUUUAUCGCUGUGAGACCCGAGAAGUUUCUUCUUCAGUCUACCACUCAGAAUCAGUAACAUCACAGAAUAAAGAAGUCCCUGCGCAAGCUUCUUCAUUUAUCCUCCAACGGGUUGAAAGACUGUAUGGUCCCGGAGCUCUGGCUCAGGGUUUCUACACGCGUAGGUCCCUGAAUGCUUCACCCCUCCCCCAGAAGGAAGCUCAAGAAGAAGUGAUCACGGAAACCACCAAGGAGUCUGCCUUGCCCGUCUUAAGGUUUCUCAGGCCUGAAUUUCGUGCUCAGUUAACUCUAGCCAAAAGGAAAUCUGGUUCCCCAGUUUGCUCACCAAACAGACCCUUGGACACAACUGAUGGUGCAGUUGAAAGAAUCAUUCCCAUCGUUGUUGAGGGCAGUAACGAAACAAGUAAUUCUAAAGUAUUAGAGGAGAGAGAGACUGUUAUUACAUCUGUUGAAAAAGAUGGACAAUAUUACCUUAAGUUGGUGUUGGCGGAAACUGAACGACUAGAGAGCUUGGCUGCUGAAAUGGAAACAGAAGUAAGCUCAGUCCCUGAACACAUGGAAGGCAGACUUCGUGCAGCUGCGGGGAAGGCUAAGCUUCUGGCCUCCCAGAAACUUGCUCAGUUUAAAGGACUUUGCCACAAAAAUAUUAAUCAAGAUACUAGUGAAGAUUUCCCCACUACUUGUGAAGAUUUGGCUGGCUUUUGGGAUAUGGUUUCAAUACAAGUUGCUAGUGUUCACGAAGAGUUCAAAGAAAUUGAUAUUCUUAGAAAGGCUGGAUGGCCAGACAAGAGUGCUACAGAAGACAAUGUGAAGAAAGAAUCAGUUAGCAAUGGCAGCAGUACAUCGCGUCGGACGAAGUUAGCUCCAGUACAGCCAAAAGUGAACCCAGUCAAGUCCAACGCAAGCAAGGCGAGAGACGAAGCUCGGAAAAGGAUGUUAGCAGAGCGACGCAAAGAAAUGCGUAAGAAUACCAACACAAAUGAGGAUAUUGUAAUUGUCUAGUAUUCACAUGUAUUACAAAGAAAAAUAGCUUGAAUUUCUAAAUGACUCAACUGUAUUUUUGUAUGUGGAUAAUUUAGAUUUUGUUGCAUAUUUGAUCAAGUUUUGAAGAAUUUCAAAAAAUAUUCAAUUACAAUAACAUUACUGUAUAUAAUUAGUUUCUUCUUUAUCAAUGCUUCAAAAGUAUUAUGUCUUUAAUUUUACCAAAUUAAAUUAAAUCUUUUAAAACUGUUAAAUGAACUAAUUACACAUGUAAUACAAUUGUUCAAAACCCGUUUGCACUGUUAUUAUUCUUCUUUUGUUAUAAUGGACAACCUUACCUAAAUAAUUAUGUUUAAAUUAUUGUUUUCUUUGUUUAUUCAAUAUACCAAAGCAUUUUUCUCAAUUGUUUUUAGUGAUACAAUUAAAAUUAUGUAAUUUUUUACUUUUUUUUUGAAAUUCUAUUCAUAACUUGUAUCAAUUGAUAUAUAUUAACUAUUGAAUGUUGCGGAGUUUGUUUCAUAUUUUUAUAGGCUUCUAAAAGAGCUGUAUUAAAAGAGUCCUUUAUUCAAAAUAACCCUAACCUGGGUCUCUAGUCUAUAAUGUGAAAAUCUUCAUGUUCACUAUGUUGUAUAGUUUUAUAUUUUAACUUAUUUACUGUUUUGUCACAUAAACUUGGAAAUGUUAUGUUUUUGCAUGGUUGUAGUUUAUUUGAUUGCUAGUACUCGGUUUUUUUUCUUUUAAAUUAAAGUCCAUACAAAGUAAAUGUGCUUUUGUUUAGCAGAUGUGAAUUCAAUUAGUAUUUUAUGAACAAAGAAGACAAAUUUUAUUUAUAUAGAAUUUUUUUUUAUUUAUAUAUUUAAUAGAAAAUUAUUAUUUUUUUAUUUGUUUGCAUUAUUUUUACCACUGAUUUCCUUUUAAAUAAACUAAUGUUAUCCUCACUUCAUUAUUUUGAUGCAUGCUUUGAAUUUAUUGUACGUGAAACUCGUUUUAAUGGAUACCUUGUUUUAACAUUGGGUUCACGGCAUCAUUUGCACGACUUUUAAUUUAAUAUUAGUUAUAAUUAUUGAUUCAUUGUUUUAAUCCUAGGUGACUUUGGAAUCAGUUGUUUAAUGUUAGAAUAUAACUGUUAUUUAUUACCUUAAUUUAUUUAACUGGUGUGAAUGUUGUGUUUGGUCUCACAAACUGGUUGGCUGCAGUCUGUUAAUUACAUACCCCCAACUAAAGAGUUUUAGUAUAAUGAUAAGUAUUCAAAGGUUUAAGAAAUAGCCUAAUAGUCAUUACAUAUAAAUAUUUAUUUUGUUGCAAAAGCAAGACUUUACAGUAUUUCACUAAUUAUUGUAUAUACUGUAAGCUUAAUAAUUGUUAGUUUUGUUUGAUUUGUUAGUUUUUACUUUUUAUAAAUAUAAACGUAUUCAAGAAACAAUAUAAAUAAUAAAAGUUACAAUUAAUUGUUUAAGUAAUAUGUUGAAGGUGUUGUAACCUCCCCUUCAAGCAUCUCACUGUAUCCCUGUUAAAUUCCAUUUUGUUACGUUUUUAUACUGAGCAAAGUAACAUGAGAUUUGUUUAAAAUAAAAAAACUACUAAAUUA